UUUACUUUUGGACGUCCGGAUGGAUUCCUGGUAGCCGAUAGUUGUCAAAUCAACUGGAGUAAAUUCUAAUAAGUGUAGAUUUUUUGUGCAAGAUGGAGGUUCCGGAUGUUGACAGGAAGGAGGUGCGAAGACCAAUGAAUGCAUUUCUCAUUUUCUGUAAACGACAUCGUACAAUGGUCCGAGAAAAGAACCCUCACCUUGACAACCGGAGUGUGACUCGAAUCCUUGGUGAUCUGUGGGCUAACCUUCAAGAAGAGGAAAAAUCCCAGUAUACAGACUUGGCUAAGCAGUAUAAGGAUGCAUUUAUGAAGGCAAACCCUGACUACAAGUGGCACAACCCAGACAGACUUACUCACUGCCAGGCUGGUAAACCAAUCACCCGUCCUUCAAACAUUCGCCUAGGUAGAGAUGAGAGUGACCUCCCCUUGGAGGGGUCCAUCACACCAGGAAAAUUGGCAGAUCCGAGUAACAUGGGCGGACUGAGUAAUCUGCUGAUAGAGAAACCAACAUUAAGUGACAGUCAAAAACUGGCUUCAGCUAAACCUGCAACAACACCACAGUCCUCUGUCGCAUCUCUCAUGGACUUGGCUAUGAUGUGCAGUUCUGAGCUCAGUGAUGACCAGAUGAUGUCAUAUCACCAUGGAUACGAUGUUGACCCUAGCAAUAGAGUCCUUGACCUGACCACAAAGAGAGAAAUCAGUUCUGACAGUGAGAAAGUGAGAAGUAAUGACAGUGUAUGGGAAUCCAAAGGCCUAGAGAGAGAUUGGAGUAGUGGGGAGAGUGGAUGUAGUGAUAGUAAAGUUUCUGUAAAGUGUGGAGAGGUUAGAUCUUCAGGACAGGUCGUUAUGGACAGUGUCAUGGAUAAACUGUACAGGUCAGGAUCAGAUAUGCAGCCUAAUGACAGUGCAAGAUCAGAAACAAACAGAACUGUGGUGUCGAGGCUUACUUCAUCCAAACCUUCUGAUGCAAAAGGCUUUUCAGGGACAAGUCUGGAGGGAUCAGCUAAUGCCACCAGACCCAUGUCUGGUUUCGAUUCUUUCCUGAUGAAAAAAUCCCCCAAUUACGAGUUGUUGAGAGGGGAUAGCAAUUUCGGUGGACGGAAGCGAUGCUACUCGGAAACAAGUGUUGAUAUCUUUGCCGAUAAAAGGAAGCUACAGGGGAUGCUUAGGGACAACGGUAACGAAGAAAACACCGAACAGGCUUCAACAGUAGAUCAGGAGUUUGGGGAGAGUGACAACACAGAGGAUGGAAUACAUCCAGUCAGAAAGUCUAAAAGACGGAAUCGGGGGCAGAGAUAUCAGGAACUCAUCAAUGAAGGCAUCAUCCAGCCGUCCAAGGAAAGAAUGGCAGUGAUAAAAGUGGAGACAGAAAACAGCCGCAAUGAGCAGGACAGCAGUGAAGAAGAAUCUGUGCCCAGACCUAUGGGUGACCUUGGUUUUGACGUGUUAUCUGUGUACCCGAGACAGAUUCGCAAACGAACGUGUUCAGAAUCAGAGAAAACACGAACUCUUCAUGAGGACAUGCGGCGGUACAAAACUGGGGAUUUCGACCUGGAGGCACAUAUUGCCACAUUGCCAGCAUGUUCUUUAGAGAAGAUGUCACGGAAUUCCAAACGUCCAGCUGGGAAAGUCCGCUCUAUGAGUGAGAGUUGUGGAAGGUCAAACAGCAUGACUGACACCACCCUUACCCCAGCUGUGGCCUCGACUCCUACUCCAACCCAAGGUGUUACUUCUGUACCAGAGGUAGUGUUGAUCGUUCCACCCCAUCUGAAACCUAACAAACAAGCUGAACCAGUGACCGGCAGUCAGCGACGCAAGGCUCGUAAACACUCGGUCACUCACCUGCAAAUAGUCCGACCCCAAACAAGUAUACAGGGUAAAACAGAAGGAAACAACACAGUUCAGAAAACUGAGGCAUGUCAAGGGGACCUUGAAAACAGAUCUACUCCAAACAUUAAUGCAAAUGCUGAUGUGAUAAAAGCAGAAAAGAAAAAUGAGGGUCAGAGUUCAGAGGGCAAUCAGAAGAUACGGAGGUCUGAGGUCAGCCAAAAGAUGGAGAAGUCAAUGGUCGCUGAAAGGAUAGAGAGGUCAGAGGUUAAAGAGGGGAAAGAGACAUUACAUGGUAGCAAUGGAAAUUCUAGGAGUGUGUGCAAUAUGAUUGACAAUAUUCUCGUGUCGCAGGCCGACAGGAAGGAAAAUACGCCAGACAUUGUGAUAAAUAAUAACUUGGAGGCUGGUCAAGAUAAUUACGUCAAGCAUUUAUUACUCAAUUCAUCAGAAGCAUCCAACACAGCAACAAAUAUUGUCGCAGAAACAGUAGGUACCUCCCUUCCAUCAGAAAUGAUUGUAAGAGAAAGUACAUCUGCUACUUCUCAGCAGAUUAAUAGCAUAGAUGUGUUAUCAUCAUCAUCGACCAAAACUGGUUAUUUGGGACCAAACUAUAGUUGUGAAGGUUUCACUAAUUUAAAAACACCUACUGCUGGAAAAGAAGAGCAAAAAUCUCUAUGCAUUUUAUCCACAGAAGCCAAUAAUUCUCUCACAUCAGUAGGGAAUAUGCUGAAUUCAUCUGCAACUAUCUCCCAAGCCAGGGGAAACAACUCCCCACAAUUUAACAAUGAUGAGAGGUCACUUGAUGUGAAAAUAGACAGUGGUGAUGUUCACCUCUCUGUGGUAGCCACCAGUUCUGCAAGUAGUCCGUUUAUUUCCGAUGUGCCAUGUGUUGCUGGACAGGAGUAUAAAGUGAAUCCUCCUCAGCAGGUCGCAGUUGUCAACUCAUAGCACUGGUUGUAUCCGUUGCCUAAUUAUUAAUAUAUAAAUUUUACAAGGAAUUCAAUUCUUAGCACUACUAUACAGGGAUCAGUUUCUGAUAAACCAGAGUUACUUCCCUUUGUUCAUACAGUUUUAAGCUUGACAGUUGACAGAGACCGAGAAAGGUCAACAGCUACUGUACAUUCAAUCAUUGGUUCAUCUGGUAGUUUAGGUUAAUCAUAGGAAGUGGGUCUGAAAAUUCUGUAAAUAUGAGAUUGCCUUAAUAAUACUUAAUUCAUAUAUAAAAAGUAUGUAAGAAAAUACUGAAUGGUUAGCACCAUUGUGAAUAUAUUGAGAAUGAGUUGUAAGCUACAGCUGAUCUAAAACAAAUAAAUGUAGGCUCCUUUACCAGUAAUAUUUGGUUGUGCAUUGUACAAAAAUAUGUAACGACUAUCUUGUCUAGGCCAUGGGUGUUUUUGAAUGGCAAAAAUACAAUUUCACUAACAUCAUUUUUCUAAACAGUAGUAGAAGUUAUGUGCUACAUGUUUUUAUUGACCUCUCGAAAGUAAUAUUUGGAAAUAAUUACAGUGUUUGGUGGAUAUUAUCAUUUAAUUAGUUAUCAUUGUUCUUAAAUUGUCAUCGAUAGUUUAUUUAGUGACUUGCAAAUUCAAAAUGAUUUCCAGAACUGUAAAAUAAAUCAUAUGUACUAAUUGUUCAAGGCAGUGCGAUUCAUUACAUUCAUAUUUGUACUAUAUAUGAAAAAACUUCACCAAAAUUUGAAACAAGAAAAUUCCUCCACUAUAGAAAACUUCCUCAUAUCUUAAUGUAUGAUGCCAAAAUCUCUUUUCUGAUCUGAUGUCGUUAUCACUAGAAUCUGGAAUAAUUGUGUAACUCAGAAACAGAACUAAGUGAAAUAUUACAAUAACCUCCAUCUUCUUUUCGUUUUCUUGUCUGUUUAAUAUGUUGUUAAUUGCCUGUGUUAUGAUAAUGACUGUAAUUGAACAGGUGCCCUAACUUUUCACACUUCAGACUUUCCUGGUAACGUCAGCAUUAUCUAAGACUUUUACAAUGUCAUGCUAAUUAGUUUGUUAAUGAGGUGCAUAUUUUUGGAUGUCAUAUGAUGACAUCUGUUCAACAUUAACAGGCUUGUGUUUUAUAAAUGGCAAGUAGGAGAGUGAAGACUCCCUACAGAACUGAAACUUAGUUUUUCCUCUCAUUUUACAUAUUCUGUUUGUUAUCAUUAUUUCGAAGAAUUUAUGUGAAGAAUCUUAUUCGUAUUUCUUCUAUGUACAAAUGGUUAGAUCACUUUCCCUUUGUUCUUAUUUGUACAGAUUUACUCCUGUUGUUUUUGAGACUAAAUAGAAAUAUCAAAAUUGCUGAGAGAUGACAAUCUUGAAUUUUGACAAUACAAGAUGGAUAUUGAUAAAAGUACUGUAAGCGUAUUAGUAUUCAUUUUCUGUGUUUAGGCCUUUGUAGAAAACAAUUAUCCAAAAUAUUAAUGAAAUCAUAUGGCCACAUCUGUGAUAUAUUUAUUCAGCUCUAUAUCACGAUCUGUUGUAUCUCUGUUUUUGUUUGACUUGACUAGGGUUAACAGUUAUCAGCAUUCAAUGAAGGACAUAGAUAUAAUGAUCUACAGAUAUAUCAAAUUUUCACUGAUUAAAUGAAAAUAGUCUUCAACAACUUUAUGAGGAACCAACCUUGUACAAGUUAGUUUAAAAAAUCCUGUUCUAUCAGAAAUGACAACAAAAUUUUAUUAAGUAAUUUAAAAAAAAAUUAGAUUUCCAGAAGAAUUCACUGUACAGAGCUUCUCAUUAUAUGAAUAAAAUUGUGUUUUGUAUACUGUCAGAAACAAGUCUUAAGUUGUCUCAACAAAAUAAUUGAAAACAAAAACUAUGUCAAGGUCAUUAAAAUAAUCAACUCUAAUUUUUACGUUACUGUCUUAACAGGCUAUGGGUUAGAUUAUUAUUAUUGCAGUCUUGACAGCCCGUCAGCAUAUUUGGGGGCAUUAACCAGUUAAACACACAGCGCUCAAAAAAGGAAAUAACAUGAAGCAAACUAAAGGUAAAAGACAAAUGCUUCAAAUCUUAAAUGGUUAUGUUAUCACAAAAUAUUGAAAUGGUAAGUCAUAGUUUAUUAUAAUGACCAACAUCUUUCAGAUAACAUAGAAUAGGUGAAUUGAAGUUUGUGUUAUUUAAGAAUCAAUUGGAAUUUGAUAACCAGCCUGUUUUAUACUGGAUAUGGUGGCUGAAGGGGUAUAGUUAAUUCCUUGUACAUGUUUUUUUUAAGAGCUAAAAUUCACAAAUUAGCUUUAGUUUCUAUGACAGAGAGGGAUAUUAAGGCUGUGAUGUAUAUGCAUGGUCUUAUUAGUGCAAAUGUUUUUUUUUUGAUAAUAUUUUGUACUAUGUCAUCCAUUUUGAGUUUGAAUUCAGAUUCAGAUGUAUUGGUAUAAUCUAGCUUUUCGUAAAGCCUGACAUUCUGGCACUUUCUAAUAACCAUUAUACUGAACUGUAGACAUCUAAAUUAAUACAACAUCAGUUGUAGCCAGUCGUACCUGUCCAACUGACCAACAAGUAAUUGGUUGUGCUGCAAAGUGACUGCCAAAAAAAAAAAUGACAAAAAAUUAGAUCCCAACAGUGUUGCUUUGCCUGUUUUUAUUUAUGAAAUAUUUACCUUAUCCAUUACCUGUUAUUUGUUACGGAGAUCCCAUUAUGUUUGUGUUUGUGAUUUAAAAGAAAGUUUUCAUGACGAUAUGGUUGUGAUUAAAACUAUGCAUCUUUUCUUACAUACCACAACACAUGGUACUUGAUGUAAAAGUAGGGAGGCUUGUUGGAAACUUAUCUUUAUUAACAUAUGCACAAAUGUUUUAAUGAUAUUAAAAAUUUGUGGGGAAAAGAAUCAACUAUAUAUAUAUAAAUGUCUGAAUUGUAUAUUAAAUAUACCUGCUGUAUGUAUAUUUCAUCAUUAACAGAAGUGUUUUGUUAUUAAAAUUUGGUUAUUUAAGCCAAGUAAGUCUCAAUGCAAUAAAAGUCUGUAUAGAAGGAAGGGGAGAUAAUCAGAUAAAGGGGAGAUAAUUCUUCUCAAAGUAAAAGCUUACUGUACAGUAUCAACAAAGGAUCACGGUAGUGUAACAAUUUUACGAUCAAGUGUUUCAUGACUUUAUUUGUGAUUGAUUUUUCAAUUUGAUUUAAUUUUCCUUUUAGUUGUCACCAAUAUUAUUGUUUUAAGUGUGUCAUCACAAUGUAUAGUUAAAAAAAACAUGCAAGAUUUUAUUUCAUGUCUUCAGAUAUUGAUUAAUUAUGGGGAUAAAGAAUUGGUUAUACAGAAUGUUUCAGCACUUUAUGUUCAGAGAUCACUUACAACUUGAUAUAUUUCUACAAAGGAAGGAGCAAACUUGAAAUAUUUUUUAAUGAAAUUAACACAAGGUAAUAAUUGAUGUUACUGGUGAAAUUCACACUUGGAAAAUAUGGAUGUUUUUUCUGGAUAUUACUAACAACAUUAAUACUGAAAUAAUUAUGGAUGUUUGCAGGAAAGUGGAUGUUACUUGUGAAAUUAACACAUAAAAUAUAAAUAUUUUCAUGAAAACAUGUUUCUUAUGAAAUAGAAUACAAAAGAAAGGGAAAUGUUUGUGAAAAAACGAUAAUGUUGAUGAAAAAGAGCUCUCUCCUUUGUAAGAUAAGAAUAUAUAGGUGAUUAUUGAUAUACUUUGUCAUUUUUACAGGCAAUACCUGCUUGACUUAUGAAAAGUAAUAUUUCGGCAGUCAGUUUGUUUUAGAUUUGUUAUAUUAUGAUGAUGACUUCUUUUAUUGACGAAAAUGCAUGCAUUUAUGUGAUAUAUUCAUGAUGAAGAUCUACUUGUAAUUUGCUUAUGUUUUAGUGCUUUUGUUGCUAAUGAAGAUUGGAAGUGAUUUGUAAAAUAGAAUCAACAAAUAAAACAUAUCUAGUAAUACUAAA